AUGGUAACACAAGUAACAAAAUCAGAUGAUUUGGCCGCGCCUACUGGAUGCCUACAAUACUUUAAUGAACCACAGGGCUUUAUAGAAUCAUUCAAUUAUAGAAAUAUCUCGAAUGUUGUGACCACAAAAUAUCCAAGUUAUUUGAAUAAUCUCAAUUAUGCUAUUUGCAUAAAUCGGGAAAAAGUGUCAUGUACCGUCACUUAUACAAACGAGGAUCAAAUGCAAAUAGUCAACUAUGAUACGGAUGGUUUGCCAAUUAUUCCAUCACGACAAGCUGGCGUUGAGAUAUUCAAUUGUCCGAGCGAUUGGUUGCUGAUAUCGGCGAUAAGGCUCUGUGACGAGCGGCUGAAUGAUGGCUCUGUUCUUCAGGACUUUUACUUAAACGCCCCCGUUACUGAUACUGGUGCUGGUCCCAUUACUAUUUGGUUUAGAUCAGACGAAGGUUACGUUGGCCGGGGCUUCAAGCUGCAGUAUCAACAGAAUCCUUGUGCAAUCUAUUAG